AAAAGUUGAAAGGUAGAAACUAGAAAGGGGAAAAUGUCAAACAUUUUCUUUUCCCCCCGAAAAUUACUGCAUUUUUGUUGAUCUAUUUUUGUUAGUUAUUAAAGGAGGCAGUUUUGAACUUGGUAGCUUUUUUGUCGGUUUUGAAACUGAUCCAUGAACUUCAAUGAUCUCUCUCUCUCUCUCCCACUUUCUCAUUCUAUAAAUACCAGCACCAACCUCCACUCACCCACUUCCUCAUUCAGUUUUUGUUUAUCUUCUUUGUCCAAACUUUAGUUUUCUUGAGAUCCUAAAAAAUGGAAAACUUUGGUGCCAAAAAUAUGCACAACCAAAAUAGGCCAAACCCACAUUUGAAAUCUCACAAAGGUUUGUUGGCAACCCAAAUUUUGUUGAGAAUUUUGAGCAUUGCAUUCACAUUGGCAGCCAUUGUGAUGAUUCUCAUCAGCAAACAGACGGUUACUGUAUAUGGCAUUGAAAUGGAGGCUCGCUAUACUUAUUCUUCAGCUUUCAAGUUCUUUGCUAUUGCAAAUAUGAUUGGAUGUGCCUUCUCUGUUUUGUCCCUGAUUUUGGCUUCUGUUCUUGGCCAUAAAAGUGUUGAUCCAAAGAACUAUUUUUACAUGUUCCUUCAUGACUUGAUUAUGAUGGCAUUGCUACUGGCUGGAUGUGCAGCAGCAACAGCAAUUGGAUAUGUGGGGCAAUAUGGAGAGAGUCAUUCAGGAUGGAUGCCCAUUUGUGAUCAUGUUGACAAAUUCUGUCGCAAAGUUAGACAUAGUAUCAUUCUCUCUUACAUUGCAGUGUUACUUUACCUCUGCCUCACUAUAAUAUCAGCAAAUCAAUCCAGAAAAAUCCUAGUUUAACACUUUAACAAGUACAAACAAAAAACAAUGAACAAUAUGAUUUGAUCAAUGUUGUACUCAUUUUACAUAGUAGUGGUGUUGUUAUAGGUUGUUUUAGUUUUUGUUUUUGUUGUAAUCAUUACUUGCUUCUAGUUGCUAGCUACUUUGAAUAUAUAAAAAUUUAUAUUAUCCUUA